AUGGCCAUUCCAGCCGCUGUUGUUAUUCUGCCGCUGGGCGUGCUCUUCUUUUUUUCUGGGCUUGUCGUUAAUUUAAUUCAGGCAGUGUGCUACGUGUUAAUAAGGCCCUUGUCGAAGAAUUUUUAUAGGAGGAUAAACAGGGUGGUGGCAGAACUUCUAUGGCUCGAGCUUGUGUGGCUCAUCGACUGGUGGGCUGGUGUCCAGAUUAAAGUGUACACAGACUCUGAGACCUAUAAACUGAUGGGUAGAGAGCAUGCACUUGUCGUAUCUAACCACAGAAGUGAUAUUGAUUGGCUCGUUGGAUGGGUUUUGGCGCAGCGUUCAGGCUGCCUCGGUAGCACUUUAGCUGUUAUGAAGAAAUCAUCGAAGCUCCUUCCUGUCAUAGGAUGGUCAAUGUGGUUCUCUGAGUAUCUCUUUCUUGAAAGAAGCUGGGCAAAGGAUGAAAGCACCUUAAAGUUGGGACUUCAAAGACUUAAGGAUUUCCCUCGACCAUUCUGGCUGGCACUUUUUGUCGAGGGUACCCGAUUCACUCAGGCAAAACUUUUAGCUGCUCAAGAAUAUGCAUCCUCAGCUGGGUUACCUGUUCCGGAAAAUGUUUUGAUUCCACGAACGAAGGGUUUUGUUACAGCUGUAAGUCAUAUGCGCUCGUUUGUUCCUGCCAUUUAUGAUGUGACCGUUGCUAUCCCAAAAACAUCUCCACCACCAACCAUGCUAAGACUCUUCAAAGGACAAUCUUCUGUGGUUCAUGUUCACCUCAAGAGACACUUGAUGAAGGACUUGCCAGAAACGGACGAUGCAGUUGCUCAAUGGUGUAGAGAUGUAUUUGUGGCCAAGGACAAGCUAUUGGACAAGCAUAUAGCUGAGGAUUCUUUCGGUGAACAACUGCAAAACACUGGACGCCCAGUGAAAUCCCUUUUGGUUGUCAUUUCCUGGUCGGUUUUGCUAAUCCUGGGUGCCCUCCGAGUUUUCCAGUGGUCCUCAGUGUUCUCUUCAUGGAAAGGCAUCUCGUUUUCGGUCAUAGCUUUAGCAGUCAUCACGUUUCUUAUGCAAAUCCUGAUCCAAUUCUCUCAGUCCGAACGAUCAAAUCCUGCCAAGGUGGCGCCAGCUAAGCCCAAGAGUGGGGUCGAAACACAAGAUAAACAGCAGUAA